AUGACGAUUGGGAACAAUACAGCUCCCAAGAAAGAAAGGAAAUCUAGUAAAAAGGGGAAGCAGGUUGAUGAGAAUGCUCCCUUGCUUCCGAAAACGCACGAUGAGGAUGGUGGUUUUGAUGAGUUCAAUGGAGCUUCUUUCACGGGGGCUGUGUUCAAUUUGUCAACAACCAUUGUUGGUGCCGGUAUCAUGGCUCUGCCCGCCACUAUGAAGGUGUUGGGGCUUGUACUUGGGGUUGCCAUGAUCAUCUUUAUGGCAUUCUUGACAGAAGCUUCAAUUGAAUUGUUGCUUAGGUUUAGCCGGGUAUCCAAGAGUUCAUCUUAUGGUGGACUUAUGGGGGACGCCUUUGGAAAAGUUGGGAAAAAUUUGUUGCAAAUUGCUGUCAUGAUCAACAACAUAGGUGUACUCAUUGUGUACAUGAUAAUCAUCGGUGAUGUGCUGUCUGGAACAACUGCUGAUGGAAUUCAUCACCCGGGUGUUCUUGAAGGGUGGUUUGGAGUACAUUUGUGGAAUGGACGCACUGCUGUACUACUUGUCGCUACAUUGGGCAUAUUUUCUCCCUUGGCCUGUCUAAAGCGACUUGACUCUUUAAGCUAUACAUCAGCACUCUCAGUUGCGCUUGCAGUAGUAUUCAUUGUCAUCACCAUGGGGAUUACAAUUGUGAAGUUGAUAAAUGGUAGCAUAAUGAUGCCCAGAUUGCUCCCUGAUGUUACAAAUCUGGCUUCGUUCUGGAACAUCUUCACAGUUGUUCCUGUUCUUGUCACUGCAUACAUUUGCCACUACAACGUUCACAGCAUAGACAAUGAGCUUGAGGAUUCGACUCAGAUAAAGCCAGUGGUGCGAACAUCACUCGCCUUAUGUUCAUCCGUAUAUGUUAUGACGAGCGUUUUCGGCUUUCUUCUAUUUGGCGAUUCUACGAUGGACGAUGUGCUGGCCAACUUCAACACUGACCUUGGCAUUCCUUAUAGCUCAUUUUUCAAUGAUGUUAUUCGUGUCAGUUAUGCCGCACAUUUGAUGCUUGUGUUUCCUAUUGUUUUCCAUCCGCUAAGGCUGAACUUGGAUGGCCUCCUGUUCCCCUCUUCAAGGCCUUUAAACCAGGAUAACUUUCGGUUUGCAUCUCUCACCAUCGCUCUCAUCUCAGUCAUCUUCUUGGGUGCAAAUUUUAUCCCGAGCAUCUGGGAUGCUUUCCAGUUCACUGGAGCCACAGCUGCUGUUUGCAUUGGGUUCAUUUUCCCAGCUUCCCUUACUCUCAGGGACCGGCAUUAUAUAGCAACGUCGAAGGACAAGAUGCUGUGUGUGUUCAUGAUUGUGCUAGCAGUGUUGUCAAAUGGAGUGGCAAUAUACAGUGAUGCAUAUGCGUUGAUUAAGAAGAACUCGUCUCCUACUGCAUGA